UGGACGGUGUUGGUCGGCAUCAACUUCUAUGUGAAAGACAAGCAUUUGAAAGGCUGCGUUCGAGACGUUGGAGAUAUCAAGCAGUAUCUCACAGCUAGGUCAAAGCAUGUACAUGUCGACACAUUUACAGCCAGUGUGCCUCUUGACUCUAGCUCAUCUCAUCCAGCUGAAAGCCCAGAGCUUUGGCCCACAUUCAAAAAUUUGACAACCCGACUUGAAGAGAUAACCGCCCAAGCAAAUCGAGGGGAUAUUGUGUACUUUCACUACGCAGGACAUGGGACGCAAGUACCGAGUUCCUCUUCGAAAUACAACAAAACAAACAAAAUCGAUCUAGCCCUGGUGCUUUUUGACGAUAUUCAUGGAAGUCGCUACCUUCGGGGUUUGGAGUUGGCGUGCAUGCUAGAUAAAAUGGCGAAGAAGGGUUUGCACAUCAGAGUUGUUCUCGACUGCUGCCACUCUGGAAGCGUCACAAGAAGCGACGACCCCAAUCAGCCCAAUAUUAGAGGCACUGACUACGAUAGUGCUAUCGAUGCCGCGUUCCCACCUUUCAUAGACAUCGAUCUCGGAUACCAGGACGGGUCAUCCACUCUACGUGAUCCUCGUUGGCAAUUGAAAACACUCCUUAAUCCGGCUGGAUAUGCAGUUUUUACAGCAUGCGGACCCCACGAAACAGCUUAUGAACUCGAACAAGCAGGAGACAGACACGAAGCCUUGUCAUAUUUUUUACUUCGUGCGCUUGCAUCUUUGGAGACUGGUGGCUCAGAAGUUACAAAUCAAUCACUUCAUCAACAAGUUCGUUCCCGGUUCCAUGCUUAUUGGCCGCGACAAAAUCCAAUGCUUUUUGGAAAUAACGAUAUAUCUUUUUGGGGAACUCUCGUUUCAGCACCGCGGACGUAUAUCCCAAUAUUCAAGAAACAUCCUGGCAACACCCUGUAUUUGGAAGCUGGACUUAUCCAUGGGGUAUUUAAAGGCGACCUGUACGACGCCUAUUCAUUCGGAAUUUUGGCAGACACUACAAGGAAACAAGAACAGAUUGUUGCAAAGGUCAAAGUGACCAAUGUUCUCAGUCUCACAUCGGAAGUGGCGGAAAUUAACUCACAAUCUCCCACAGAUCGGGAUACAACAGGAUGGGUGGCAAGGCCAGUCAUGAAUUUUUCUCCACGGAAAAUUUAUGUAAGACUUAUGGCCCACGUUGAUGACACGACACUGUGGAUGGCAGCAGCGAGACGGAGACGUUUUUUGCGCUUUUCUACUGAUGAAGUAGAAGGGGAACCUUCCAUUUUCAACGUUUCACGCAAUGAUGAUGACGAAUACCAAAUUCUGGAUACCUCGUACAAGAGGAUCAUUUGUCUACCUACGGUACACGUCGGUAGUGACGAAUCACUAAAUCGUGUAAUGGAUCUCUUGGAACACCUAGCAACCUUUAAAUACAUCGAAGGGAUUGAGAACCGAAAUCCAACUACAACGCUUCAGUACUCGGUCACUAUUGAAACCAUUGGUCCUGAUGGUGAACCUCUCCGAUUGACAGACCUUCAAAAUGUCAAGAAUAAUGACACAUUACGCUUAUCGAUUGAAAACACUGGGGAAACGGUGAUAUAUGUCGCUCUAUGUUAUCUUGGGCCACGUUGGCAGGUAGAAAUCCUCCCACUCGAUUCGGGUGAAGGGGACUAUCAAGUUGUGCUUCCAAAGGAUGAGAAGCAGGGACAUUCGGGUCGACAGGAGAUAGCAGAAUUGAAAAUGACUGUCUCGGAUUUCUUUAUAGCCCAAGGACAACAUCACUGCAAAGAUAUCCUGAAAUUAUUCAUUACUAGGAAGCCAAUCUCAUUUUCGGCAUUGGUACUGCCUUCUAUUUCUUUGGGCAAGUCAUGGGAAGGAGCCAGUGGACCAAGCCGCGACCGUCAGAGUAACCUAUCGAAUUUCCUGUCAGAGAUGGCCAUACCGAAUCGAGGUACAGAAACUGGUGAUAGGAUGGAAGAUGGGGAAUGGGCAACUUCAAACUUCAUAAUACACACAGCU